UUUCUGCCUAACAUGUUUUGUUCAAUAUGGUGUAUGUAACAGUUGAUUAUAAGAAUCAGAGAACUUCAAUUCUUCCUUCCGAUGUAACUGACAUAUCGUGAAUCUGCAUGUGCUUUCUGCUCUUCUUGUUUUGUUGCCCUCAAAGUCUUCUUCUCUCUUUGUCUGCUUCUUUUCCAACUAAUUCUUUCUUUCACCAAAAGUCAGAUAUAAACACACUUAAUUUAAAACCUUUUAGAAUUUCAAUUAAACCACCCCUACCCCUACCCCUACCCCCACCACGGCCCCUACAAAACCGUUCUUCUUCAUAUAUGUCCUCUUCACGAGUAGUAUAUAUCGAAACAUGCCUAAUACUUCAACAACUAGUAAUUGGUAUUUGACCUACAUAAAGCUUAGGUUUUUCACAAAAGUCCGUCGGUUCCUUCAGCUCAAGGCAGCAUCUAAAAAGCCAUUGAAACCGUCUGAUCAGCCGAGAGAAAAAUCAGAUACUUUGAUCGUGAUUGAAGAAGGUGAAAAGGGAGAAAAGGGUAUAAUGGGAAAAGAGAGUGAUAUUAAAGAUAAUGGAUGGAUGGUUUUGCAAAAAUCUGUGAAGAAACUUCACUUUGGGAGUUCGGAAGAAAAAGAGGUGGCAGCCAAAGAGAUAAAAAAGUUGGCUAAAGAAGACUUAAAGAGGAGGAAACUGAUGGCGGAGCUGGGCGUAAUUCCGCCGCUUGUGGCCAUGAUUGGUGGUUCUGAGGUGGUGCUGCGGCGGCAGAGAUUGGCUGUUCAAGCAUUAGUUGAGCUUGCCAAUGGCUCUUUCACGAACAAGGCUCUGAUGGUAGAAGCAGGAAUCUUAUCAAGAUUACCCCAAAAACCAGACAAUUUAGAUGGAAACACAAGGCAAGAAUUUGCAGAAUUGAUCUUGUCUAUAUCAUCCCUAGCCAACACCCAAUUCAGUAUGGAUUCCUCAAGAAUUAUUCCAUUUGUAGUCAGCAUUCUUGAUUCAUCCAACUCAAGUGUUGAAACAAAAAGUACAUGUCUAGGAACAUUGUACAAUUUAUCCUCAGUGCUGGAAAAUGCUGCCAUUUUGGCAACUAAUGGAACAAUGACUACUCUCUUUAGAUUGUCUUCAUUGAAGGAAGUAUCAGAGAAAGCAUUAGCCACAUUGGGAAAUCUAGUAGUUACCUUAAUGGGGAAGAAGGCAAUGGAAGAAAAUCCUAUGGUGCCCGAGAGCUUAAUCGAAAUAAUGACAUGGGAAGAGAAGCCAAAAUGUCAAGAAUUAUCGGUCUAUAUUUUGAUGAUUUUGGCUCACCAGAGUUCUAUUCAAAGGGAGAAAAUGGCUAAGGCUGGUAUUGUUCCAGUUCUACUUGAAGUGGCAUUGUUGAGUAGUCCUUUGGCUCAAAAAAGAGCAUUGAAAUUAUUACAAUGGUUUAAGGAUGAAAGGCAGAGCAAAAUGGGACCUCACUCUGGGCCACAAGCAGGAAGGAUAGCAAUUGAUUCACCACCAGUGAGUCCAAGAGCCGUUGAUGAAAGCAAGAAACUGAUGAAGAAAAUUGUGAAACAAAGCCUUCAUAAAAAUAUGGAAACAAUUACUAGUAGAGCCAAUGGUGGUAGUGAUUGUUCAAGGCUUAAGUCCCUAGUUGUUAGCUCAAGUUCUAAGAGUUUGCCUUACUAAGAAUGAUCUUUUAAGCAUUUUAUUAAGUCUCACCUUGCACUACUUGUGCAAUGUUCUGCAAGAAUUUUUGUAUCAUAUGAAAAUAUUUGUCCUUCAAACAAAAAAGGAGUGAUCUUAACCAAAUAACAAUAAUCUAUUGAUUCGUUC